AUGACGGGGGGACCGCCAUCGAAAGCAGCUCGAGGUGAAGUGGACCUCACGGGCACCCCCCCUCGCCGCGAUCCCCGCACGCGCGCCGUGGAUGUGAACGGGCCGCUGCCGCCCCCUACUUUUUCCUCGCCGGCCGCGCGGAGCGGCCCCUCGGCUGCCCGUUCGGACGCCCUCACGCCGGAGAUGCCGAACCUCGGUGGUGAGCGGCGCCUGUCCAGCCGGGAUCCCGAUCACGAGGAGCUCGAUCGGAUGAUGAGCAAGACGCGGACCUUUCGCUCCAACUUCGGCGAGAACCCCGAUGAUGACGCGGAGGCGAGGUUUCGGGAGAACAUCCGGAGGCGUUUCGAUGAAAUUGAGAAGGCGGCCGGUACUAGCCGAGCAACCAGGGAUAGACAUACACCAUUAAAGGGCACCGCGACGAACGCUGAGCGCGCGGCAGGCGACCCAGACCAGGGUACGGUGGUGGACAAGCGUAAAAAACAUAAAUCUAAGUGCGAGUGUGCUAUGAUGUGA